GUUUACUCCGUCCCUCAUACACUUCGCUUCCGUCGACGUUUGCUUCAUCUCCCCAUGUCAAAUGAAUCACCUACCGGGGGUCCUGGUUUAGGGGACCUUGAAAAGGAACUGAUCUGCUCGAUCUGCACAGAACUGCUCUACCAACCUCUCACCCUCCUCGACUGUCUCCAUACUUUCUGUGGCUCUUGCCUGAAAGAAUGGUUCUCCGUCCAAGCUUCGCGCCACCGGUCAUCCUCCUCCGUCCGAUUCACUUGCCCAUCAUGUCGCGCCGUCGUUCGCGAAACAAGGCCGAAUGCCACAGUCACUACGUUGUUGGACAUGGUGCUCACUGCGAACCCCAAUCGUGCGAGGCCCGAGGCUGAGAAGGAGGAAAUCGCGCAAAGAUACAAACCUGGCCAACCCGUCUUUCCUACUGUUGCUUCACCUGAGAACAGCACUGCUGAGUCGGAUGAUGAGGACCGAAGGUUAAUGGAGGAGGUCCGUGAACUGAGCCUGCGUGAGAGUGGACCGCGAACAAGGGAGCAUCGGUCGGCACGAUCAUCGAGAACUCGUCGAGGUGAAAGUGCUGAUGGGGAUAGGCGAAGGGUAGACGGUCAAUCCCGACAACAACGAGAAGAGGAACGCGCUGCGCGACGUCACGUUCGGAGCGCAUUGCCCGGUGCUGCCGAUCGCACGAGACAAAUAGAACACCAAUCGAGCCUUCGAUCGUUGCUAAGCUUGUCGGAUACCGAAACCAUGCAAGAAGAGAUCUUACGUCAAAUCUUGGAAGAAGGGUUAUUGGACGAUAUUGAUAUGGACAAUCUCGGACCCGCGCAGGAAGAGGAGCUUAGUGAACGCAUUGCCGAUGCUUAUAGACGGAGGCAUAGACUGCGUUCGCGAUCACAGCAGAGAAACGGUGCGCAGGAAGAGGCGCAUGCAUCAAAUCGCCCUCGGGCACGGUCGCAAUCGAUGCAGAGAUCGCAGCCCGCUUCUAGUGCUCGAGGUCCACAAGCACACCCUCCGGUAUCAAGGCCAUAUUUACUCGAACCACUCGUGCCACGCUCCGGUACCUCUGGCCAUCAGCGGCGCCUAUCUGAUCAAGGUAGCCGUCAAAGAGUAUCGCCUAUUCCUGUUAGCUCCGCUUCAUCGUCAGAGGUCAAUCUGAGGCCUGCAGCAAGGUCGUCUAGCGACAUGAUUGCCGACCGCCCUCGGGGCUCCCAGGCUGCUCGGGUCAGAGCAGCUGAUUCAGCUCCACGGACACGUCGAGCGACAGCUUCUGAGCAAUCUAUUCCUAAUAUAUGGGUGGCAGGUGGUAAUGAUAGGGAGGUACGGCGACAAAGACCAGCCAGACAGUCAAUCGACUCUCCCACAUCAGUUUCGUCAUUGGUGCGAAGCCCUCGAACUGCUUCCUUCGCGUUGCGCUCGGAACAAAACCUUGCAAAUUCGCCUACAGCUACUUCUCUCGCGCCUGAGACCAACAGUCCUGUCAGAGCAGAAGGACGCUCCCGGCCCUCAUCCUCCAGAUCUAAUGUUUCUCAAUCCACAACCUAUUAUAUUGAACCAUCUAUCUCGUGCGAUAGAUGCGGAAAGCCGAAUAUCCAGUAUGAACUUCACAAGAAAUGCCGGUUAUGCAAGGAUGGUGACUACCAUAUUUGCCUGCGCUGCUACCGGCUUGGACGUGGCUGUCUAGACUGGCCUGGCUUUGGUGUAUCUGCAAAGGCAGAUCUUGACAGAAUUCAUGCUUCUUCUAACGGUCUUACCACGCCUUCACAAGAAUCACAACAUAUCCUAUUGUCUUUAAAGUAUAAUCGGCCGUCCGACACCGCCCGUCGAACCAUACGAGAUGGAAGAGAGGUUACCAAUGAAAACCCCGCCCGACGAUUACAAACCGGGCUCUUCUGCGACAUAUGUCAGUCGUCAGCAGAUACGUGCUUCUGGAAAUGCAACCAGUGCAACGAAGGCGACUGGGGUUUCUGCAACAAAUGUGUCAAUGAAGGCAAAUGCUGUACGCAUGCUCUUCUACCGAUAUGCCGUGUUACGCCAGAUAGUCCCUUAACUCCCGCGACACCAGCCGUCCCUGGUGAUGUAGCUAAUGGUUCGGCUGCUCCUCUUGCCAGAGCUGAAACGCUGAAAGUGCUUUCCUUCUCCACGAAUUGCGACAUUUGCGCCAAUCAAAUUCCACCAUCCACUCUGCGCUUCCACUGUCUCCAAUGCAACGAGGGUGAUUUUGAUACUUGUGCGAACUGCUACCUUAAGCUGGUGGCGACAGCAAAAAUCCGUAAAGAGAAUGGCCAUAACGGCUGGCGGCGCUGCUUGAAAGGUCAUCGGAUGGUGGUAGUUGGAUUUGAAGAUCAUGAAGAGGGCCAGAAACGGGUCAUCGUUCGUGACCUAGUGGGCGGCCGUGCGUUGAAAGACGAACACCUUCAGCCUUCCUCCCCUCCAGCCUCUCCACCCGUGACACGCACAUUUGUGGCAGGUUCUGGUACUGUUCCAUCCCCUGAACUCGGAACUGGGGACUGGAGUUGGAAAGAGGGAGCGGAGCGGCGAAAAAAAGCAUCUCGCAUCAGAGCCCCAUGGUCUACCACCCUCGGCGACCGUACUAACUCAUACUCUGAACCUUCCACGCCCACCACUCCCUCACAGAACGCAACAUCGGCACGUCGCUUCCCGCCUGAUGGCGGUGUUGGUCUCGUUGUUCACGCGCUAUGGCCGUGGUAUCCUGAGAAUGGUGUCAAAGACGAGCUGAUGUUUCCUCGUGGCGCGGAGAUUACUGAGGCCGAAAAUAUCAAUGAUGAUUGGUAUUGGGGAUGUUAUGCUGGGUCUACUGGGUUGUUUCCAGGGACACAUGUCUUUGUUGUUGGGGAGAUUGCCUAAUCCCUUGUAAACAACGUCCAAUUACCUUGAUGAAAUCAAUGACGACUUACGAUUGAUGUAUACAUAGAUGAUGACGUUGAGAUGAUCUGAUGGACGGAUGUACGUACUGCAUCAUUUUACAGAAUAUUAGUGGUGGACUUGUAUUCGACUGCUGCCUGCAUCAUGGUAU